UGUUAGUCAACACAGAAAAAAUAAAAUUCUUAUUAAGAUAUCGAUUUAAUACCCUUGAAUAUCGUCAUCAUUUAAACAACGUAAUUGCAUCCCUAUGGGCCGGAUAAUUGGUGUAGUUAUGGCAUUGAUUCAGAGGCCAGGAAGAGCUUUAGCGUGCACAAACGUCAGAAAUAUCAAAGCAUCUUCUUCAGUAAACUACGGGCGGGUCUAUUGUAUAUUUUACUGUCUUCCUUUUGAAGAUAUUUUAAGCGAAGCUUGAGAUUAUAAAAAGGCGUUCAGUGCUGCAAAUCACAAUCAUAAACACCGAACACAACAGUCAUAAAUAUCAGAGAAGAAAUUGGAAAUUCUUAAAUAUUAAGUGAAAGAUGAGCGACAACAAAACCGCAAUUCUUGCUAACAAUCAACGCUAUCUUGCUUUACGAAACGUCUUUGGAAGAUUAACCAUAAUAGCUGAUGGAGAGCCAGGAUCGGCUAACGAAAUAGAAGUUCAAUUCAUCAUCGACCGAGGUACAAACUUCAACGUUAUUGCUAAUGGAGCAAGUAACACGAUCGUUCGAAUUCGACCAGCGUCUAACAACGGCAAAUAUAUCGCCGUUGACGGUUCGUCGAUUGUUUUAAAGGAUGUGCCAAAUUCUUUAGCUAUAAACGAUUCUUCGUUUGAUUUCUAUGAAGAAAAUGUUGCUGGGCAGUUCGAUACUGUUCGGUUUGUUCAUAGAGUUUCUCGGAGCUAUUUGACUCUUCAACGUGGUACAAAUCAGCUUGUCCUACAGCCCCCCUCGUCAGACAGAAACGCUUGGAUGCGCUUGAGAAAUAUAGAAAACAACAUAAGUUUAUUUCGAGCUGAGAUUACAGAGAGCGUGUACGUGGGGGAAAAAUUGGAAAAUGAAUUAUCCAGUGAAAUUUCAUACGAAAUCUUCAGCAACAGCGAAGAAUGAAAGGGUCGUAGUCGACGUGAAAAAGCGCUUUUACCAUGGAACUUUUGAUAGUUUUUUUUAAUGAAAUUUAUCUAUUUAUUGCUGUUUAUUUAGUUAGCAUAUUAAUAUUCCAACAUAAUUUGUAUAAAUAUAUCGAAGGGAUUUAUAUAAUAAUUUAAAUUUAUUUAUUUUAGCGCGAAUAUUUGUAUAAAAGUUGUCAAAUAAUUUUAAUGUGUAUUUAUUGAGAUUCAUACAACGUUUUUAAAAUUUUUAUGAAUAAAAUACAUUUUUUGAAAGAAA